UCCGCCGCCGCCAUGUUCCUUCAGCAGAUUCGCCAGAAACGAAAAAAAUAUUUUGAUGGCUUUCUGAACUUCGUGAAGCGGCUGCCGUCGAGCGGCUCGACAUAAAAAAGGCGGGAGGCCUUUAUUUAUAUGAUUUGGUCGGGGCUCAAUGGAGCAGCAGGCGCCAGAUCUGGUCUCCAUCUUCAUGUGCAAACUUUGCAAUCUCUUCUCCCCGAACCGAGAUCAGCUGCUGGUUCACGUUUCGGAGCAGCACACAGAGGAAGGCACAGCUCCAGACGAUCUCAUCGUUCCACUGCGACCUCUGUCUGUCCCCGAGAAAGCUACGCCAGGCGACAAAGUGAACACAGCUGUGAAGAGGAAGAGGGGAAGGCCCAAAGGUUCCAAGAAAAAAUUUGUAUCCGAAGUGCAGGACACCGGAGACGCCGGCAGUUCCAACCAAAGUGCGGAAAGCAAGCCCGAACAGGAAGAAGGGGAGUCGGAAGAGGGGGACAGCCUGGACUGCAGGAAGUGCAGCCGCAAGUUCUCCAACAAGAGGCAGCUGAGGAAACACCGCUGCUUUGUCGUUCUGAAGGACGACGGCGAAGAGGCAGAGGCAGAAGAAGACAAGAGCGAUCUUGAAGUAGAGUUGGACGGAGAGAAGAAGGACGACGACAGAGACCGGGUGGUAAAAAGGCCACGUUUACCAAAGAACGAGAAGUUGACGUCUAAAGAUGUUGAGCAGAACGUAGCUGGAAAGAACCCCAUUAUCAGUGUGGUUCUCACAGCUCAUGAGGCCAUUCCAGGUGCCACAAAAAUUAUUCCUAUUGAGGCCACACCAGCUGAGGAGACACCAGCGGCUGAGCCCGAAAGUAGUAGCCAAGAGUCAGCUCUGCGCAAGGGUUACCAGGAAUAUGCAAUCCAGCAGGUGCCAUUGGAGCUAGCCCAGAGCUCCUUCAGGCAAGGGACCACCCAGCUGAAGAUCUUCACCUGCGAGUACUGCAAUAAAGUCUUCAAGUUCAAGCACUCGCUGCAAGCCCACCUCCGCAUCCACACCAACGAGAAGCCUUACAAGUGCCCGCAGUGCGAGUACGCCAGCACCAUCAAGGCCAACCUGAUCGUGCACAUGCGCAAACACACGGGGGAGAAGUUUGCCUGCGAUUACUGUGCCUUCACCUGCCUGAGCAAGGGCCACCUCAAGGUGCACGUGGAGCGGGUCCACAAGAAGAUCAAGCAGCACUGCCGCUUCUGCAAGAAGAAGUACUCGGAUGUCAAGAACCUGCUCAAGCAUAUGCGGGAGAUCCACGACCUGCAGGAGGAGAAGGUGAAGGAGGCUUACGAUGAGCUGAGGCUCCUGACGAGGGAGGGCAAGCGGCAGCUGCUGUACGACUGCCACGUGUGCGAGCGCAAGUUCAAGAAUGAGUCGGACCGCGACCGGCACAUGCUGGUCCACGGGGACGACCGGCCCUUUGCCUGCGAGUUGUGCGACCACGGGGCCACCAAGUACCCCUCGUUGGAGGCCCACGUCCGCAAGCACAAGUUCGUCUACAUUUGCGCGCUGUGCGCCAAGAAGUUCGUCAGCUCCAUCCGGCUCCGGUCCCACAUCCAGGACAGCCACGGACGGCCGGCAGAGCAGGAGCUGUCGGUCUUCAACGACUCCAUCAACCGCAGCUUCUAUCUCCUGGAGCCGGGAGGCGACAUCCAACCCGAGGCCCUGGAGGACCAGGAGCUGACGGCGCUGGUGGCAGUUGACGGCUUCGCCAGGGGGCCAAGCGGGAACGCGGAAGGCGACGGGCGGGGCAGGGGGGCUCCUCCCGCAGAGGUGAUCCCCGCGGAGAGCCUGGCUCAACGAGAAGAGGGGGAGCGCCGUCCGGGGACACCGCAUGUCGCGGAACUCACCACCCCGCAUAAGGAGACGCCCGCUCCCGGGCUCCCGGUGGGGGGCAAUGCGGGAGGCUGGCCUGGAGAGGGGGAGGGGGAGGCCGAGCCUUCACCGGCUCUGCCCGUCAGCAGCGCCACGCUGCUGGACCCCGAGGGGGCGGAGAAAAGCGAGCAGCCCGGAGACGGGGAUGGGGACGGGGACAGAGACGUCGCCGAGACCCUCGCAGGGCAUCCCGAGUCUCCUCAGCUCCGAACCUCGUUGGACACGGCAUCCCUGGAGCAGGGGAAGGAAGCUCCGGUGAGCUUUCAGGAAGUCCUCUCCUCACAGGCUCAAAAGGACAGCGUGGACCUCGGAGCCUUCCAGCAGGUUCUGGACAGUUUGCAGAAGCGACAACUGAACUUUGGUCUGUUUGAGAAGAUCAGGAAGGUCUAUGGGGAUCUUGAAUGUGGCUACUGUGGGAAAUUGUACUGGUAUCAGGUACACUACGACAUGCACAUUCGGACCCACACCCGGGAGCACCUGUACUACUGCUCCCAAUGCAGCUACUCCUCAAUCACCAAGAACUGCCUCAAGCGUCACGUGGUGCAGAAACACAGCAACAUCCAUCUCAAGUGCCCGGCUGAGGGCUGCUUAUACACCACGGCAGACAAGUACAAGCUGCAAGCCCACCAGAGGAACCACAGUGAGCUGGAUAAGAAGACUUACACUUGCCCCGUGUGUGAGAAGUCCUUCUCCGACGAUCGUCUCAUCAAGACUCACAUCACCACCUACCACCCAGAGGUCCCCAUGAGCACCAUCUCGGAGAUUCUGGGGAAGCGAGUCCAGCUGAAGGGUCUGAUUGGGAAGCGGGCGGUGAAGUGUCCUUACUGUGACUGUUACUUCAGGAAGAACGGCACGGAUCUACAGCGCCACAUCUGGGCACAUGAAGGGGUGAAGCCGUUCAAGUGCUUGUCCUGCGAGUACGCCACGCGCAGCAAGAGUAACCUCCGCGCCCACAUGAACCGACACAGCACCGAGAAGAGCCAUCUCUGUGACCUGUGCGGGAAGAAGUUCAAGUCGAAGGGCAGCCUGAAAAGCCACAAACUGCUGCACACGGCUGAUGGCAAACAGUUUAAGUGCACUGUGUGCGACUACACGGCAGCUCAGAAACCAAAUCUUCUACGGCACAUGGAGCAACAUGCGGCCUUCAAGCCUUUCCGAUGUGCUCUGUGUCACUAUUCCUGUAACAUGGCUGGAUCACUGAAGAGACAUUACCACAAGAAACACCCCAACGAGGAGUACGUGAAUGCAGGCACCGGCGUGCUGGCUCAGGAGAGCGUGGCUCAACAAGGUGGUGUGAAGUGUCCGGUGUGCAGCUUUGUGUACGGUACCAAGUGGGAGCUGAACAGACAUCUGAAGAACAAGCACGGUCUGAAGAUUGUGAGCAGUGUAGAAGGAGAAACCCAGGUUCUGGAGGCUCCCCCAGACCAACCUCAAACCCAGUACUUCCACAUUGCGGAGAGUGAGGAGGAUAUGCAGGGGACGCAGGAAGCUGUGGCAGCCCUGCAGGACCUGCGAUACAACACCGAGAAUGGGGAGAGGAUGGAUUCUGCAGCUGUGAAUAUCCUACAGCAGAUUAUCGGCCUGGCUCCAGAGCAUCCUGAUGCUACCGUGGUCACCAUGGCACCGGGCACACUGACUGUCGUGGAACAGGCCGAGGCAGAGGAGGCCGCUAGCCACACAGUGAUGAUCAGACAGGCCCUGGAGCAGGGCGGGGUGGAGCUGGUGGAGCAGGUGGUGGUCUCUGCGGACGAGGUGGAGGGCAUCGAGACGGUGACCGUGUACACCCAGGGCGACCAGGCUUCCCAGUUUAUCGUCUACGUGCAGGAGGCUUUGCCCAGUGCUGCCGGCGGCGGGGGAUGCCAGGACGGGGGGGAGGGGGAGGCCGCCCAGCGGGACCCCGAGUCAUAGCCGGCUCCUCCGUCCACAUCGCACUGUGGCCAAAACCCCCUACUGCUCCCCUCUGGGCAGCUCUGCUCUGUACGCAGCAAAUGCAGGGAGAGACGGGAGAGAGAAAGAGAGCGAGCGAGCGAGAGAGCAGGGGAGGGAG